AUAAUUAUAAAAUGAAAUUCCUAUAUAUCUCAAUGUGUUGUUUAAUCAAACUCUUUGGUUAAUCAUUGAGCUCAGUUAUUCACAGCUUUAUGGGCUUCAUUUUAAUUGUUAAAAAAUGUUAUUAGAAGAUUCCAUUUUCAAAAUGAAACCAAACAAACAAACUACAAGUUGUUUUUUGAGCAUAGGCAAAAAGGCAACUCAAAUUGAAAACGACAAAAUUGUAUGACUCUGUCUUUCUAUAACUGUUUUCGAUCUCAAUUCUGUACUCUCAAAAUUCCCAUUCUCAUUAUUCCUUUUUCUUCUUCACUUGAAAAAAUAGUCAACUAGCUUGUAACCUUUGUUUUGCGGUCAACGCCUCAUCAAUUUUUUCUGAGUUCCGAAAUCUCUUUAAUGGGUCGUAAAAACAGUGAACCGAACUCAAUUUUAUCAAACCGUUUGAUUCUUCUUUUGGUGUUUUUGGUUUCUUGCGGUUUGGCCUAUGUUUUCCUCUCUGCUGUAACAAGAAGCAGAAGCACUUCUGUUUCAGAGUUUGGAAUUGGAUCUUCGUUGGUUUUGGUUGGUGAGAAUGUUGUUGGAGGGUGCUGUAAAGGGAUUGAACAUUUGGAGCUUUGGGGUUCAGCUGUGAAAUGGGGUUCUGAAUUCAAACUCAGCACUUCUGAAGGAUGUUGUAAUGCUUGUAAAUCCAUGUGUACUGGGAAAGAUGGACCUUGUCUUUGUGAUUCUUGGGUGUUUUGUGGAAAUCGUCAGGCUUGUGGCUCCAAGUUUGGUGAGUGUUGGUUGAAGAAACAAAAGGACAGCUUAGCCCCUGAAAAGCAAGAAGCAGGGCCUCUUGGGGGGACGGUUAUUUGGACUUCUGGUCUCAUCUUUGGAAAAGGAGAAGGUAUUAUUGGAUUGGAAACUGAAUAUGGAACUCUUCAUGUAAAACUUUUCCCUGACUGUGCUCCACACACUGUUGCCUACAUUCUAGAAUUGUUGCCUUUGCGCCAUUGUGCAGGCUGCCAAUUUUACCGUGCAGAAAGCCGAGGUCAAUCAUGGGAUUCAGAAGGAAACCAUAUUAAAAAUGCUGGUUUUGGCCCACCAUUUGCAUUAAUUCAAGGGACAUUGGAAGCACAAGGCACACCAUUCAACAAACUUCCCAUAGAAGACUGUCCCAUUUUAAGAAGGGGCUCAGUUGCUUUGAUUGGUUCUGGCCCAGAAUUCUUUAUUAGUUUAGCUGAUCAUUCAGAGUGGAAACAAGAAUACACUGUCUUUGGUUCUGUUCUUCCAGAAGACAUGGAUGUUGCUGAGAAAAUUGCUACACUCCCUACUUUAUCUGAUGUUUGGAACAAUGUUCAUGUGUCUGUGUUGGAAAAACCUGUUCCUAUCUUGCUCAGAAGAAUCAAUAAAAGCCAACAAGAUUGAAAAUUUUGAAACAAUGUGUUGGUUGGUGCUUGUAGGUUGCAAUUCUUUUGGUUCCAAAGCUUAUAAGUAUUUUCAAACUGUUCAUAAAAAUAUUUUCUGUGUAAUUUCUUCAGCCUUUUUUUUUUAUCUUUUUCUUCACUUAAUUUUGUUUUUGUUGUUACUCUUUUGGGAUGGACAUUUACUCUUCAGCCUUUUUUGUAACUUUUUCUGCAACACCAUAUUGUCGAUGUAUUGUCCACUUUGAGCAAUUUGUAAGCCCUUAACGAUUUUGUCAUUUAUAAAAGGCACCUCACUAGAUUGAGGAGUGUGAGUGUUUAUAAACUACUCUCA